UUUAUAAGAUUUAUUUUAAUAAUUUCAGGUAUAACAAUAUUUAUAGCUGGUAUAGCAGCUAAUUUUGAGUAUGAUUUUAAGAAAAUUAUUGCUUUGUCUACACUGAGGCAGUUAGGAUUUAUAAUAAUAAUUUUAAGGUUAGGGUUUAAGUUAAUUGCUAUAUAUCAUUUAUUAAUUCAUGCUAUUUUUAAAUCAUUAUUAUUUAUAAGUGCUGGAGUAAUUAUUCAUAGUAUAAAAAAUAUUCAAGAUAUUCGAUUAUUAGGAAAUUUGAAUGAAAUUAUGCCUUUUACAAUGAUAAGAUUUAUAAUUUCUUCAAUUGCUUUGAUAGGCACACCUUUUAUAUCAGGAUUUUACAGAAAAGAUUUAAUUAUGGAGUUAGUUUAUUCAAAGAAUGGGGUAAAUAUUUAUAUAGAAAUAUUAGUAAUUAUAUCUUUAUUUUUAACUGUAUUGUAUUCAGUUCGAUUGUUAUAUUAUUUAAUAUAU